AGCAGCAGACGACCAACACGAAAAUAGGAGAAUAGGCGAGCCCAUUUGAUAAUUAUUGCCAUAAAUUAUUUUGCUUUCAAGCAAUGGAUAGAAUAGUGGAGUGUGGGAAAACUAGCAACGUUUUAGAAUUCUCUUAUGACGAAGGGAAAAUUUUUCUCAACGUGACGGACGCCAUGCUGGAGAAUUGUGCUAAUUGCCAACUUUAUGUCGACGAUUUAAAUGACGGAAUGCACCAAAAGUUGCUGUGCAUGUUGAGGGAGAAUUCGGCUACACCUUCCACCUCGGCCAAACAUGGUAGUGCUCUACCAAAGAAAGCUGGUCCUCUGCAAGCAGCAAAGCAAAUCAAUAAGCCUAGUAAUACCAGCCGAAAAAUGAAGAGAACUGCUGCUAUUGAUACAUCAAUAGCAGAAGGACCGGACUUCUCAAAUUUCUACGGAGAUGAGGAGGACCCAGAUCCUGAUCAAAUCAAUGAAGAUAACGGGGCGAUUGAAGUCACUCGAAUGUUGGAAGAAAUGGAAUCUCCCUCUCGAAAAAAAUUAAAAACAGCAGAAGUCAAAGAUAGUGAAGUGGAGGAAAUAUUGGACAACAGAAAUUGGACUGACUCGGAAAUUUUGUUAGACGUCAUGGAAAAAAUGUUGCCGAAAUUUGCUCAACCCAAUUUACCUAAAGCAACUCUCUGGAAAAAAUGUUGAUGAAAGAUG